UUUCAUCCACUGAAAUUGAGAUUUUAACGUCUUUCGGUUUGGGAUUUAGUUCACUACAGAAAUUGGAGGCACGUAAUAAUAAAUUGACGAACAUUUCGGGAUCAGUUUUUGUGCACAUGGCGAAUUUGGAAGAAAUAGACUUCUCGAACAACAACAUAAAUGGGCUGUAUCAAAAUGAUUUCAAAGGAGCGACCAAGCUGUUAAAGAUCAAUUUUCAACAUAAUAAUAUUUCCAUUUUGGAUGAAGGAUUAUUUGUUUAUACUCCCGACUUAACCACAUUAGACCUUUCUUACAACAAUAUCAAAGGUCUUCGUCAAAACCACUUGAAAGGAGCGGCCAAAUUGUCAUUAAUCAAUUUUUCACAUAACAAUAUAACCAUUAUAGAGACGGGGUUCUUUACACAUACAUGCAAUUUAACUGUUAUCAACUUCGCCUUUAACGAAUUAUCCACUUUAAAUAAAAACAUAUUUGCGGAAUUGCAAGAAUUGACGCAUUUGGAUUUAAGUCACAACAAAUUAUCCACUUUGAAUAAAAACAUAUUUGCGGAACUGAACAAAUUGACGCGUUUGGACUUAAGUCACAACAAAUUAUCCACUUUGGAUAAAAACAUAUUUGCGGAACUGCAAGAAUUGACGCAUUUGGAUUUAAGUUAUAAUUCGAUUCAAACGAUUGAUGGGGACUUGUUUCGAAACAACACAAUAUUGCAACAGCUGAAUUUGGAGAAUAACCCAAUUCAACGUUUUGAUCAGAAUAUACUCAUUCUGUUGACUAAACCGGUUUCGGUGGAUAUUUCCUGUGAUCAUGUCAAAGAGUUCGACUCCAGCUACUUCACAGAAAACAUACAAUUCCAGAACGGAUAUGUAACCUUGUCAGAAAACAGAUUAGAUUAUAGUAGAUACUGUUUCGAGCCGUUGAAGUAUUUCAACAUUUCGGGAAAUAAGCUUGAAAAUACUCAAGAAACAAUCCAGUUCCUCGGACCACCGAUCGAAACGUUGGACGUAUCUUCGAACUUUAUGGGAAAUUUGAGUGCGAAAGUCUUCGAAAAAUUCAUGAAUUUGAAGUAUUUGAAUCUACAGAAUACUAGACUAACUACCAUCGAUUCCAACACAUUCUUUCCGCUUCUAUUUGCUACAAGUGGAAGAAAAUUGGAAGUUUUAAUUCUAAAUGACAAUCCAAUCCAGCGAUUGAAUUUGAAUAUUAUUUCACCGGUGGUGAACUCGGUUGAUGUGCAAGUCGAUUUUGUUGAAGAGAUCGACACAAGUUGUAUUGGAAAUUCUGUGAAAAUUGAUUCGAAUGACAAAGAUGAAAUCGUUUUCACUGUGGCAAAUGGCACGUUCAAAUUGUGCAGCAAAGUGAGAUUCAAACAAAUUAGUUACUUCAAUAUUUCGGGAAAUCAACUUCAAAACACUCAGAAACUAAUUGAUAUGCUCGGAGCACCUAUUGAAACGUUGGACUUGUCGUUGAACUUCAUCGGGCCGAUAAAAGCGCAGACGUUUGAAAGAUUUAAUAAUUUGAAGUAUCUAAAUUUGAGCCAGACGAACUUGUCGAAUUUCGGGUUCAGCACAUUUUAUCAUCAACGCAAUUUGGAAACUCUAGAUUUAUCAUUCAACCGAUUGAAAAAAGUCGAUUUCACAUUGUUAUACCGAAAUUUUCAACAUUUACACACACUGCGUCUUGAAGGAAACGAACUGAAUGAGUUGAACAGUGUAAACCCAGAGAUUUUUCAAACCGUCAAUGAACUAGGAAUUUCAAAAAAUCACCUCUCGUGCGAAUAUUUGGCCAAAUUUUUACCUCAAUGGCAUUUACAUAAUGCUUUCGUACGUGUGCAAUUCAUCACAUAUCCAACGAAUAAAACGAAUAUCGAUGGAAUUGACUGUUUUCAUGAAAACGACGAAUCGACUACAUUGAGUGCCAAAACUGUAACAACAUCUAGAUUAACGACAACACCAACAUCAGCCUCAACAUUGAAAACAACAACCACGGAAAAAUCCACAAGAGCCUCUCAAGAUAUGAUUAACGUCAAGCCGAAUUUCAAAGAUAAUUCCACUGUAACUCAACGUACAAUCGACAACAAUAAAUCCACAACUUCCGAUGUCACCGAUCAAACCGCCAAAACUGAAGAAAAACCAGCCACGCGAUUCGAGUGCACAUUUCUAUCGUCCCCUAUAGACUCAGAGAUAGUGCAGCUUUCCUGUGAUCAUAUCAAAGAGAUUGAUACCAGUUGCAUGGGAAAAAAUAUUCAAAUCGAUUCGGGAAACGAUGGCGAGAUCGUUUUCCAUUCAUCGCAAACCAACUUCGAGCUACGUUGCAGCAAAGAGAAUUUCCAAAAGCUAAAGUACUUGAAUAUAUCUGGCAAUCAACUUCAAAACACUUCGCAAUUGAUCGCAUUGCUUGGGCCAUCCGUUGAAACACUGGAUGUAUCGUCGAAUUUUAUUGGGGAGCCCAGUACACAGACAUUCAAGAGAUUCACCAAUUUAAAAUAUCUUAACUUGAGUAACACGAAUCUUUCCACCUUUGCAUACGGUACAUUCUUCAAUCAACAGAAACUUGAAGUGCUUGAUUUGGCAUUCAAUCGCUUGGGACAAAUCAAUUUUAUCAAGUUUUUGAGGAAUUUCAGGAAGCUAAAUACACUCAACAUAGAGGGAAAUGAUUUGACGGAGAUUAACAGCAUCACUAAAUCAACCUUCCCCGUACUUUCUUCACUGGCUAUAUCGAAAAAUCGUUUUUCCUGCAAUUAUUUGGCAACAUUCUUACUUAAGUGGGAUAAUUUACAACUAAUUAAGAACCCUUCGGACGAAACACACAUCGAUGGAGUUGAUUGCCAUGAAGAAGUUCAAAGUAUCACCAAAACCGUUGGAGUGAAAUCAGGCCAUGAGGUACAAACAACUACAACAACUGAAUUUGAUUCAAGCACACAAAAUUCCGUGAUUGAGAAGAAAAACUUUAAAGGAAGCAACGACAUCUAUAAACCCGUAGACACCGAAUCAAGUUCCUUAUCAGCAGAUGUACGAGUAUUGAAAUACCUUUUUGUGGCAAUGUUGGUCAUGUUAUUCGUAAUGUGUUCUGGAUAUUUGGUAGUGAAAAUGAAGCUCAUUCAGAGAAUAAAAUACAACCUAGCACGCGAUUCAUUCGAAACCACAAUGAAUCAGCAAUAUUCUCCAGAUAGCACUCACACAAGCGUAAUUGAACUGUCUCAACGUGAUCGUGUGCGAGUGAAAAAAUUGAAAGCUUGUUCGGGAUAUCCCUUGGAUGAAACAUUGCCGGGUCGAUUCCCAAAUGUGCAGAUAUAUGAUAUUUCAUUCACUGAAAUCGAGAUUUUAACAUCUGCGAACUUGAAUUUUGAGUCACCACAGAAAUUGAAGGAGCGACCAAGCUGUCAAAUAUCAAUUUUCAAUAUAAUAAUAUUUCCAUUUUGGAGAUUGUCAAAGAUGAAUUUCUCAUACAACAAAUUAUCCCGUUUGGAUAAAGACAUUUUUGCGGAACUGGGCGAAUUGACACAUUUGGAUUUAAGUCACAAUUCAAUUCAAACGAUGCAUGAUGAUGCGUUUGAAAACAACACAAAAUUGAAAGUGCUGAAUAUUUCGGGGAAUCACCUUCAAAACACUCAGAAACUAAUUGAUAUGCUCGGAAUACCAAUUGAAACGUUGGACCUAUCGUUGAACUUCAUCGGGCCGAUAAAAACGCAGACGUUUGAAAGAUUUUAUAAUUUGAAGUAUCUAAAUUUGAGCCAAACGAACUUGUCGAAUUUCGUAUUCAGCACAUUUUAUCAUCAACGAAGUUUGGAAACUCUUGAUUUAUCAUUCAACCGAUUGAAAAAAGUCAACUUCACAUUGUUAUACCGAAAUUUUCAACAUUUACACACACUUGGUCUUGGAGGAAACGAGUUGAAUGAGUUGAAUAGUGCAAACCCAACAAUUUUUCCAGUUCUCAAUAAACUAGGGAUUUCAAAAAAUCAUUUCUCAUGCGAUUAUCUGGCGUCAUUCUUGCACCGAUGGCAUAUAUAUGAUGUGCAAUUUAUCACAUAUCCAACGAAUCAAACGAAUAUCGUUGGAAUCGACUGUUUUCAUGCGGGCGACGAGUUGAGUACAUUGCCCGCUACUACUGAAACACCAUUUGGAUCAACGAUAACACCAAAAUCAUCAUCGAUAUUAUCAACAACGGAAAAAGAAACGACAGCCUCUCAAGAUAUGCCCAAUGUCAAGCCGAGUUUCAAAGAAAAUUCCAUUGUAACUCAACAUAUAAUUGAAAGCAAUAAAUCCACAACUUCCGAUGUCAUCGAUCAAACUACCGAACCCAAAGAAAAACCACCCAUGCGCUUCGAUUGCACAUUUCUAUCGUCGACUAUGUACUCAGAGACAGUGCAGCUUUCCUGUGAUCAUAUUGAAGAGAUUGAUACUAGUUGCAUGGGAAACAAUGUUCAAAUCAAUUCGAGUAACGACGACGAGGUUGUUUUCCAUUUGCUGCAAAACAACUCCGAACUGCGCUGCAGCAAGGAGAAUUUCCAAAAGCUAAAGUACUUGAAUAUCUCCGGCAAUCAACUUCAAAACACUUCGCAAUUGAUCGCAUUACUUGGGCCAUCCGUUGAAUCACUGGAUGUGUCGUCGAACUUUAUUGAGGAACCCAGUGCACAGACAUUCAAGGAAUUAACCAACUUAAAAUAUCUCAAUCUGAGCCGUACAAAUCUUUCCACCUUUGCAUACGGUACAUUCUUCAAUCAACGAAAGCUUCAAGUGCUGGAUAUUUCUUUCAAUCGCUUGGAAAGAGUCGAUUUCACCAAUUUCUUGAGGAAUUUCAGGACGUUAAGUACACUCAGCCUAGAGGGAAAUGAUUUGUCGGAGAUUAACAGCAUCACUAAAACAACCUUCCCCGCACUUGCUACACUGGCUAUAUCGAAAAAUCGUUUUUCCUGCAAUUAUUUGGCAACAUUCUUACUUAAGUGGGAUAAUUUACAACUUCUCGAAAAUCCAUCGGACAAAACACACAUCGAUGGAGUUGAUUGUCAUGAAGAAGUUCAAAUGAAAUCGAAGCUCAUUCAGAGAAUAAGAUACAACCCAGCACGUGAUUCCUUCGAAACUGCAAUAAAUCAGCAUUAUUCUCCAGAUAGCACUCACACAAGCGUAAUUGAACUGGCUCAACGUAAAAAUGUGAACGAACAGAUUUAA